AUGCUUGCUGAGCUCAAUAAAGCAGGAAAGAAGGUAGAGCUGUGGAUCAACCAAACAAAGAAACAGUUCAUGAAGAAUGUUUGGGCCAGCAAAGGUCAAAUUAAGAUAGAUGGUAACCUCGUCCUACGUGUAGGGGAAAACUACGACAUGAGGGGAAAACUGGGAUUUUUGGAUUCUCUGGACUCCUUGCAUUAUUUUAUCGAUCACGUGGUAUACCAGACUAAGCUGCGUGGACCAUCGUUUCGGUGCGAGCCUCAACCGGAUGGAACUCUGCUUCUGCAUUACUACUCGAAGAGGAGCGGUCUCUAUCCUAUUGUCAAAGGUGUGGUCCGCGAAGUUGCGCGCCGUAUUUACGACACAGAAGUUGUCAUGAAAGUACAGGAGAGGAAGCAGGAACAUCUAGGUUAG